AUGACAUGUAAAUUAGCCAAAGAAAUUUGGGAUUUCCUCAAGAAAGAGUACAAUGGAGAUGAAAGAAUCAGAGGAAUGAAAGUACUGAACUUGGUCAGAGAAUUUGAGAUGCAGAGAAUGAAGAAAUCUGAAGCCAUUAAGGAUUAUUCUGACAGGUUGCUUCUGAUUACAAAUAGGGUUAGGAUACUUGGAACUGAACUUAACGACAAUAGAAUAGUUCAAAAGGCACAAGAACAACGAAGGAUGAUGAGGCGAGAAGGAUCCAUUGAGGUAGCCCUAAAAGCAAAGUUACAACUUGAUUCUAGUGCUGCCAGGGGGAAUAAAAGAAAAGGAAAGAAGGGAAAUUAUGGAAAUUCUGAAGCUACAUCUAAAAAAAAUGCUACAGCCACCGCUAAAAAUAAAGAAGGCAAAUAUCCUCCUUUAUCAACAUUAUGGGAGGAGAAAUCAUCCACAUUUCAAGUUCAUCCCGAGAUUAUCUGCAAAGAUAAGCAUUUACAACAACAAAAUGAAGAACAAAUUGUAGGCCAAGAGCGAGAAGAGCAAUUGUUUGUGGCUACCUGCUACGCAAGCAAAAGUUCAAGUGAAAGCUGGCUUAUUGAUAGUGGUUAUACGAACCAUAUGACCAGUGAUGAAAAGCUUUUUAGAGAGCUUGACAAAUCAGUUAAAUCAAGAGUCAAGAUUGAAAAUGGAGAAUACCUCACGGCAGGAUAG